AGGGAAUCCUUUCCUUGGAUUGCUUGUUAUUUUUAGACCAAAAAUCCAUUGAUUGCGAAUCCUAGACCCGCCCCUACCUUCUCGUAGCUGUUUUUUUAAGAACCUCUGGUUUCCAGGAUAAUCGAAGAACCGUCAAAUCCGCGGCCCAAAAGGGACUUUCAAGGCAUAUUCUCUUGUAUUUUAGGUAAUGUCUCAUACAUUAAAUGUAUUUUUGGCUGAUAAAAGGCUACGCCUUUGCAAUUGCUAUCGUUUCUCCGUUCUCUUAUACAUAUGAUUGCAUGCGCACACCCACCACCCAACACUCAAUACGGACCUGAAAUUGUCAUGCCAGAGUAAACCGGUAUAAAGUUCCUUUAAGACUCGAGGUUUGGCACGUUUGAACAUAUUUUUAUGUUUAACGAAAUCCUUAUUUAAGACCCAUUUCCCGGCUGACGAUAAAUGGAAAUGGCAGCACUUAUCAAAAUAGUUUACGGGAACAAAUGACUGAUUUAGCUCAAUAGAUAUAGCUCUUCAAUUUGAUCCCGAGACUUCAAAUGCUGCACGUGGUGAAACGGGAAAAUAUUAAUAGAAAUAAAACGUUCACCUGUUCGAUCAAGCCGGUAGAAACUAAAUGAGUUAUAUUUCAGUCAAACUGCAGAUUAUUUAUGAACAAUAAGAGCCACAAUGAAUUGUUGUCCAACAAAACACUUUUUAUUGAGCUAAGUUUUUAGUUACUUCUUCAUAUGUAUUCAGCUUUAGAUCAUUUCCUUAGAAUGCUUGUAGCUUUGUUUAAUCUGAAACGCGCAAGGUCAUAAAAGAUUAAAAGUUUGUGGGCCAAAUGAAAUUUUCUUUAAUCAAGAGUCAGUCGUGUAGUAAUACAUCAAGUAAAAACGAACUUGAUGUAAAACAAUCAAAAUGUAAAUACAGACGCUAAUUGAGUCCAACGCGACUUCAAAGAGAGCAUACGAUGCAUAUAGAACAGGCUUGAGUCAAAAAGGUAAACAUAACAUAUAGCUCACGUUUACUUUUGUUGGCACAUAACCUAUAUGAAUUGAGAAUACAUACAUAAUGGACUUGCAAUUGUAGUGAAAUCCUGCUGAGUACCUACUAGCUGUCACAAAAUAUGCUAGGUUCGAUUGUUAUCGCUAAUUGUAGUUUCUUUUUUAACCCGCUUGUAAUUGCUGAAUAAUAGUCACCUGUUUAUUUUUAUAGCUUUAGAGAUGCAUCAGCUAACAAGGACUCUCCUUAUCCGAAGUACAGUACUAUUUGUGUACAGUUUGCUUAGUGCAUGGCUCUUCUAUGAACUAGAAAAAGAAUCAGUUUCCAGCGCCGUAACAGCUGAUCAUAUGAUCGCUGGUAUAAAGCGAGAGCUGAAGACGAAGUAUAACAUUAGUGAAAAUGUAACCAGUAGACUUCUACAGACUGUGGUAGAGGCAGAGACCGUAAGAAGGAGAUUGGACUGGACAUUUGCACGCUCACUUUUCUUCGUCUUUACUUCACUCUCGACCAUAGGUUAUGGGAACAUUACUCCUAAACGAGCCACAUCUCAGAUCAUCUUCGUCCUGUUUUGCAUUUUCGGGCUUCCUGUGAUGAUGUUGGCACUCAAAACAGCGGGAGACAUCAUCGCAGCUGGUCUUAAAACGGGCAUUAUUUUUACCGAAAGGCACGUAUUCAACAACACAGAAAUCAGCGACAGAGGUCUCAAAAUUAAAACUGUCAUUUUAUCUAUGAUGGCAUCCGUCGCCGCCCUUGGUACAAUGGCUUGUGUACAGUCCUAUGUGGACGGGUGGACGGUAAUUGAGAGUUUCUAUGCAUGGGGGGUAACCUUCUCUACGAUUGGUUUCGGAGACUAUGUUCCAUAUCUAGCCUUUGACAAAACAUUCCUUGCCCAUCAUGAUAAAUACGCUGCCAUUACAACGACAGCUCUCAUGGCGGCGACAUUGUGCCCUUUUCUGUUCAUGCUUUCGUUAGUCUCGUGUACGUUAAGCUCUAUUUUAGACGCAGUCGAAGUUUUCAAACCUUUCUCUAGUUUGAAAGAGUCAUGUAACUGCAUCAGACCCAGGAUCACUAGGGACAAGAGUGAUAUGAGCGAUCCUACCCCUGCCAAACCACCCAUUUGCGCGGAAUCUAUGUAAAUGCAUCCUUCCAACCGAUGGAUUUUUACCGAAACACCCUCUAAAAUGGAAUGAAGCAGACCUGCCAACCAAUGUAUUUGCGCAGAAACCAUCCUAAUGCAAUCAAUAUACCUGCCAACCAAUGGAUUUGAACCGAAAACGUGAAUGCAAUCGUAGACUGAAUGACAUCAAUAAACCUGCCAAUCAAUGGACAGGCGCAGAAACCAUCUGAUGAAUGCAACCGCAGACCAACCAACUCCAACGCGUCGAUUUGCUCAGAGCAACAGUAGACCAACCAACAACUCUAGGGGGAGGGGGGAACUGCCAACAGUAAACCCAUCUUGUGCAUAUAGUUCAAGUUGGAAGAGGAGGUGGAGUAUAACGAUAGCUUCAAUGCAGGCUUUUGCAUCUGAAACAUUUAAUGCUCUAGAAACAUAUGAAAAUAUUUGUUUUUAUUGCGGCAUGUUUCGAGCACGCCGUGAUAAGUAAUAUUAAAAAUUGAAUAUCGCA